GCAGUGGUGGGAGGUGAGCUAACGGCCGCUACAUGAACAUAGUGAGCAGUGAGCACACCGCCACAGUGUCAGCGCGCUAGCAGGCACGGAAAUGUCGGGGAAGAGUUUUCGAGUCAGCGAUGGGGACUGGAUUUGUCCAGAUAAAAAGUGUGGAAAUGUGAACUUUGCUAGAAGAACAAGUUGCAACAGAUGUGGCAGAGAGAAAACCACAGAGGCAAAGAUGAUGAAAGCAGGAGGAACAGAAAUUGGGAAAACCCUUGCUGAGAAGAGCAGAGGCCUCUUUAGUGCAAACGAUUGGCAAUGCAAAACAUGUGGCAAUGUGAAUUGGGCUAGACGAUCAGAGUGCAACAUGUGUAACACUCCUAAAUAUGCCAAGCUUGAAGAAAGAACAGGUUAUGGUGGAGGUUUCAAUGAAAGGGAGAAUGUGGAGUAUAUUGAACGGGAGGAAUCUGAUGGUGAAUAUGAUGAGUUUGGUAGGAAAAAGAAAAAGUACCGUGGGAAGAGCAACAGCACAUCUUCCACUAAAGAAAGUGAAAAGAAAGAAGUGCCUAAAGAAGAUGAGGAUGAAGAAGAAGAUGAUGAAGAUGGUGACCUGUCCAAAUACAAAUUGGAUGAUGAUGAGGAUGAUGACGAAGAUGGUGAUCUGUCAAAGUACGACCUGGAUGCCAGCGAUGAUGAAAAACCGGUUAAGAAAAAGGGCAGCCGCUCCGGUUCGUCCCGCUCUUCUUCGCCCUCCUCCAGUUCCAGUUCUCGGUCGAGGUCCAGAUCCCGAUCUAGAAGCUCUUCCAGUUCCAGAUCUGGAUCUCGCUCGAGGUCUCGCUCCAGAUCCAGCUCCAGGUCUGGAAAGGGCUCCUCUCCCCCGAAGAGGUCCCGUUCACCCUCCUCCUCACCUGAGAGGAGACAGAAGCGCAGUCGCUCCAGGUCCUCAUCUGGAGGGAGAAAACGGAGGCGUUCUAGAUCACGUUCGUCCGAAAGGUUUGGGUUUCUGUGGAAUACCACAAUGGCACUGAUUAUUGCUAGCCAUCUGCUCGCUUUUGGGAUGUUCAGAGUUACAUACAGAUGUUCACAUUUUGCCGUGUUAAUUCUUUAUAUCCGGAGACCUUGCUUCAUGUAUACGAGAUGUGCAUUUCGCAGAGCCUGCUGACCUUGUCGUUCUUCCCGUGAUGUUUUUGUGAUUUCAGGCGCCGUGGCCAUUCAUCUGGAUCAUCCCAUUCUGGCUCCAGUUCAAAAAAGAAAUAAUUUUCUUUCGGCCUUUAAACCAAGGAAAGGAAUCUUAGUGGAAGUGCAUGUCGUGUGGCAAAGAAAACAUUCGAAUCCCUUCAG